AUGGCUCCGAAGCGAAGCAGGAAGAUCCAGAAUGAGACUCACAUCAUGGAAGGCGAGUUCGGGAAGUAUUUUUCUUCGAAUCUCAACAAUAAAAAGCUGGCUCUACUGAAAGGUGCCUGCCAGAUCCCUCGUCGAGUCUCCUUGAUUACUCCGGGUCCGACAGAUUCUCCGGAGUCUCCACCUACCGGUCACACUUGCGCUUUUGAAAUUUUCUUUUCGGAAUGCGGGCUAUCUUUUCCGCUUCCCGGCCUUUUGGUCGAAUUGAUGCACGAGCUCGGAAUCGCACUUCCUCAACUAUGUCCAAAUGUAUUUAGGACCGUCCUGUGCCUCCAGACCCUUGCAGAGGAAAAUGGAUACCGUAUCACGCUAUCCGACGUACUCCAUCUUUAUACAGUAAAGAAGGGGCGAACUCCGGGGACGUUUUUCCUCAGUCCUCGGAGUAAUUUCAGAGUUUUCGGGGAUUUUCUCGAAAAGGACGAGCAGUGGAGAAAAUCCUACUUCUUCUUCGCUGUAGACGAAUUUUCUUAUGGUCCAAAUACGGAUUAUUUCGUUCGUGAAUGGACUCGUCGUCCCGCUAAACUUCCGAAGAAAACGCUUUCUCAUACUUUUGCGGGGCAAUUCGUAAAGAUUUGCAAUAGCAGCGACCUGUCGUGGGAAUUGUUCACUUGCGAACGCAUCCGGAGUUCGUGUGCUCGAAUUGUCUCGCGAUCCGACCUCAUUUCCUCCACUCCUCCCUCCUCCCCUACUGUUGCCACUAACAUGUCUCCACUUUCCUACCGCGAAGAGAAGAGGCUCCAAAAGGAAAGGGAAAAAGCGAGAGAAGCGAGAGAGAAAGAAGAUAAGGCCAGGAUGGUGAAGGCCUUGGAUGAAGGGAAGUCCAGAUCUUCAUCUGGUAAAGGGAAGAACUUGGGUACCGUAGAUCCGGUUUCCGAAUCGAAGACCUCUGAUCACCGUGAUCUAAAGAAGGUGUCUUCGGGAAAAGACCUAAUCCGGAUCUCGGAUUCUCGCUCAUCCCGAUCUUCUUGGGAAAAAGAAAUUUCUGAAGGAGGCCAUAGUGCAACCUCCUCAAGGAAACGCAGGAACGAGGAAUCUGAAGUUCCUUCCCUCCAACGCAAGAGUCGUUCUCGUCUGAACGACGAGAAAAAUCCUUCCGAGGAUGCUGGGACCAGUCUGGGGUCAAAACCAGAAGAAAAAGAAGAUCCACAACGGGCCCCGGAGUCCGACUUGCCAACUCAGCUUCUUGUCCUGCCUUCGUGGGACUCUGAGAACCGGGGAUCCGUCCCUCCCCCGAAGUCACCAGCUGAUUUCAUGAGGAACUUUACUCCUGUUGGGAUGAGGAUUCCUCCCUUAAGUGACUUGAAGGAGGUCAACAGAGCGAACUACUUUCGCUUCGCUGAUAAACUCGGAGAGCUCUUUCCAGUUAACGAGCUGGAUGGCCUCAGGGCCCGAGUUGCCGAACUCGAAGAAGAGAUCCGUCAACUCAAGGAGAUGGAGGAGGAAAAUGCCAAGGCGGUGGCAAAGGCGAACGAGAUCCGGGAGCGAAUGCUGGAGGCCGAAGGUCGUUGCAACCUUCUUGACAUUGCCAAGACUGAUCUUUUCGAGAAGCUGAAGAUCGAGAAGAACUUGUGUGAGACCCCGAUCGCGGGACGCGGGUGUUACAACUUGUACCUCGAGGCAUGUGACAAGAUUACCUCGCUGGAAGCUGAAGUUAAGCGAAGCGAGGAAUGGUGCAAGGUCGCUGCUGAGAAACAGGACGAGGAGCUCGCAACAGCGAAAAAAGAUGAAAGGCUGAGGCUCCGUGAACUCUAUAGCGGACUCGCCUCGAAGCAUGAGACCUACUACAAGGCCAUCAGUGAUAACGAGAUGAUUGGGACGCGUCUUGCCGAGACUCGGGCGAACCGAGAACUUCUUGAGGAGAUUCUGAAGGGAGAGGUUCCGGAUUUAAAAGCCGAACUAGAGUCGGUAAAGAAAGACGAGGAAGAGGCUGAGAAGAAAGCUCGCGAGGCAAGCGCUCUCAGACCUCAACCAAAUGAGUUUGCUCAUCUCUUUGUAGCGACUCCCCCAGAGCCCGUGCAAGAGACAUCUCUUCCCGAAGAUGAUGCUGCCAUUGAUGAGUUCGGAACUAACAAGGAUUUCAUGGCUGGCCAGGACUUCGAAGCUGCCGUUCUGCCCGAGGAGAUGCAGCAGGAUCCCGGCGUCAAGGGUCAAUGA